AUGAGCCUCUCGCUGCCUCCCGUCAGUCCCAAGGCCCGCUCGGGCCCGCCAAGGCCCUUGGGCGCGCCUGGGGCCACGCAGCAUCAGCAUCAGCAUCAGCAUCAGCAUCAUCAUUAUCAUCAUCAUCAUCAUCAUCAUCAUCAUCAUCAUCAUCAUCAUCAUCAUCAUCAUCAUCAUCAUCAGCAGCAGCAGCAGCAGCAGCAGCAGCAGCAGCAGCAGCAGCAGUAG